AGAGGCUGGCACUGCAGACAGCGCAGGGCUGGGAGCUGCACUGCACACUGGGGGGGGGUUGGGAAGGAUAUGCACUGCAGGGUAGCAGUAGCCGCUGCAGAAGUUCGGGGGGGGGGCGGCUUGCACUGGAUUGCAGAUGCUCCCAGCGCCAGGGGCUGCACUGAGGGCUGCGGGCGGGCCAGCGGCACCGUCGCAGCUUGCCCCAGCUGCGGCAGAGCAGAGACUUGGCCUGCGGCGGCGGCAGCAGCAACGCGGAGACCGGGCCGCCCUCGCCCCGGGCCUGUCACUCACCGCCCGCCCCUCGGCAGGAGCGGGGCAGGCCUUCCCCAGCUGCUGCCGCUUGCUUUUCCGCUCUCCCGCCGCCCCGGUGCGGCGCUUCCGGCUGUACAGCGCCCCUCGGGCGGCGGCAGAGCCCGGGCUCCAGCUCUCGCCGCGGCUCGGAGCCCGGCUCCAGAUGUGGCGCCCUCGGCUCCUUCAUUUGCAUAUUGUCCAGAUGCGCCAUGCCCCCCCCCCCUUCGCGCGGGGGGGGAUAUAGAGAGGCCUGCCCUGCCGGGCGAGGACAAAGAGCUGGAAAGCCAUUGAUUUGAGAGGAUCAAGAUGAAAGAGGAGGAAGCUCGGCAGCGGAGGAAGGAAGGCAGGACGAAAAAUGGAGAGCGAUCCAGGCACAAAGCAAAGAGCAAGGGUAAACACAAAGACAGCAGACUUGGCAGCCAGGAAGCAGAGGAUGUCCCUUUGGUCUCACUGCAGAAGCAGCCAGCUGAGGGGAAAGGGCCCAUGGCAAAGCUGCAGGACGAAUCAGCCAUUGCAAUUGGCCUGCAGGUGCUCCUGCCGUACCUGUUAGCAGGGCUUGGCAUGGUCUUGGCUGGGAUGGUUUUGGACUAUGUUCAGCACUGGGAUGUGUUUCGGACAAUUACAGAAGUUUUUAUCCUGGUUCCUGCCCUGGUUGGCUUGAAGGGUAACCUUGAAAUGACCCUGGCGUCAAGACUCUCUACUGCUGCUAACACUGGACAGAUGGAUGAUACCCAGGAACAGUGGAAAAUGGCCACCUGCAAUUUAGCCCUGAUUCAGGUACAGGCCACUGUAGUGGGGCUGCUGGCUGCCAUCGCCGCUGUCAUCCUGGGAGCGAUCUCAAAGGGGCACGUGGAGCUGAAUCAGGCUGCAGUGCUCUGUGCGAGCAGCGUGACUACAGCGUUCAUAGCUGCGCUCUCCCUAGGUCUGGUGAUGAUCGGCGUGAUCAUCGGUGCGAGGAAGGUGGGGAUAAACCCAGACAACGUCGCCACUCCCAUAGCAGCGAGCCUCGGAGAUUUGAUAACCCUUUCUCUGCUAGCAGGAAUCAGCAGCACCCUCUUUAAAUACAUAGAUGUGAAAUACCUUUCGCCUUUGAUCUGCGCUGUGUUUGUUAUCAUGAUUCCUCUUUGGGUUGCUAUUGCCAAACAAAGUCCAUCUAUUGCUGAGGUUCUGAAGUCUGGAUGGCAGCCGGUGAUUGUUGCAAUGAGCAUCAGCAGCAUUGGUGGGCUGAUCUUGGACAAAACUGUAACUGACCCAAACUUCGAAGGCAUGGCAGUUUUUACACCUGUGAUUAACGGUGUUGGUGGGAAUCUGGUAGCCAUCCAAGCCAGCCGCAUCUCCACAUUCCUGCACUUCUGGAGCAUGCCUGGAGUCCUGCCCUACAAGAUGAGGCAGAACUGGCCCAAUCCAUGCACUACGUUCUUCACGUCAGGGGUGAAUUCCAAGUCAGCCCGCGUCCUGUUCCUGCUGGUUAUCCCCGGACACCUGCUGUUCCUGUACACCAUUCGCCUCCUGCAGGGCGGGCACACAGCCAUCACCGUCACUUUUGUGAUGUUUUAUCUGACUGCUGCUUUGCUGCAGGUGGGAAUCCUGCUCUACAUGGCUGAUCUAAUUGUGCGACUGGUGUGGAGGAAGGCCCUGGAUCCAGACAACUUCUCCAUCCCCUACCUCACUGCCCUGGGCGACCUCCUGGGCACGGGAUUCCUGGCACUUUGCUUCCGCUUGGUUUGGCUCGUCAACGGGACUGAGAUGAAACUGGGAAACUAACCGGAUAUCUGCUGCAACGUUGGUCCAUUGCUGCUCCACCAAGCAAGUCAUUCAGUAUGGUGCUUUAACAUGGUCCAACAAGGUCGUUAGAGACUACUUCUAAGACUAAGUCUUUAAACUGAAUGGGUCUGCUGUCCUUGCCUACCCCUACUGACCACCGCAGUGCCUUACAGCUGUCUAAUUUAGAUCAAAAGAAGCAGCAUCUGUCUGGAUUUAUCCAGCUUUGAAAGUGACCUAGCCAUCUUAAAACAGUGUACUCUGUCUAUGUGUGCGUCUAUAAAACCAGGGGUUAAGGAACACAGGUCAUAUCUUGGCAAAUCUGCAUUUUGAUUGGCUUAAAAAUGUAUGAACGUAACCACCUGGUAAGUAGGAGACUAAUUCACUCCCCACUGAAGUCAAUGGGAGUCUUUCCAUUGUCUUCAGUUAAUCUUUGGAUCGGAUCCUAGAUGAGGAUGUUGCAAUGUCUCUGAUCAGCAGUUAGAGCCCAAGUAAUAUUUUCUUGCCCCUCUUCCUCCCCAGCACAUCCCUGGGAGCAAGAAUCAAUAAAGGCCUUAAAAUUCUCUCUCCAUAACUUCUGUAUUCAGGGUCUCAAAGAGCAUGUUCCCCAUUGGAUUGCAACUUAAGGAACAUCUGUUCAGUAGUUUUUAUGGUUUAUGGAAACACAAAUAAAAUGUAAACCAUUUCGUAGUGGUGGGGGUGGGAUUGCCAUUAUUUUGAUGUUGCUAAUCGCUGGUAUUGGCACUGUACUAAGGAACUGUUAGAUCACUAACACCUAGACCUGCACAGUAUGGACCUUUCACAGCUUGGGCCUUAUUUCAGCUAGGAUACAUAAUCCAGCCACCCCUUUAAAAAAAUACCAUGUAGCAUAGAAAUGUAGGACAGGGUGGGACCUUUAGAAGCUCUCCCGUCCAGCCCCCCAUGCUGAGGCAGGACUAAGGAAACCUAGACCAGUCCUGGCAGGUGUUUGUCCAACCUAUUCUAAAAGCCUCCAGUAGGUCACACUGUUGAUGCUUGUUGAUUUCUGUAGAAGUCUUUGGUUGGUGGUGUUCCCCAGCCCUAAGAGAGGAAGCGGGGAAGAGUGGUUGAGGGCACUAGCUUGCGAGACUAAAAACCACAGUUCAGUUCCUUACUCCGCUACAGCCUUCCUCUGUGACCUUAGGCAAAUAUGUGGAGCCAGAUUUUUAAAGAGAUGUAGACACCCAAAGAUGUAGGUAGUCAGCCAAGGGGAUUUUCAGACGUGCCUAAGUGCUUUGUGAGACAUGUAAUAGAUGCAGCAGCUGGAGAGAUUGCAAACUGAGUUUCAGUAGGGUUUGAUUCAGUCUUUAAGCCAAACUUGUGAUCUGGCUUUUGAGCACGCUAAAGUUUUAGACUGAGAUUUUUCAAAGGAGCUUAUGAGAAUUAGGCAACCAGCUCCAUUGAAUAUGAACAGAUUUGGGUGCCUAACUCUGUUAGGCCCUGUUGCACAUCCCAGCCUUAGUGCUGUCUGGAUCUUCCUAUGACAGACCAUUAUGAAGAAAGUAUUUGCAAUAUUCAGAUCCCAGUUUAGCUUGUGAACACCCCUAAAAUCCUGGGCUGUUCAGCUCUGCGGUACUGCUUGAGGCCCUGUUCUGUUUGCAAACAUAGCUCCGGUGACCCCUUUUUCGUUCACAACGGUAAGUGCUGCAGCCCUGGCUGAACGGAACGUUAGCUUCCCGGAUGGCUGCAUUUCAGCAUUCACAUCCCAUUGUCCUCUAAUCAUGGCCCUUUAUGCGUUACUAACCAUCUGCUGCCUGCGUGAAGUCAGCACAAUUCAGUUUCAACCAUGAGCGGACGUGUGGUAAUUGCAGCAGCGUAGACAGGAAGACGGGUUACUUGCAUUCAAACUGAAACAUCGUUAUCAUGAGCAAUUACAGAUGUGUAGGGAAGGGGGCGCCGUGCAGUCUAGGAGUUUGCAGAUCUCAAGCCUGUAACCAAUUUUUUAAGAAGUGACUGUGAUGCUGGCUUGAGAGCCUCUACAGAACAAAGUCCUCCCACCACAGACCAGGUACAGCAUGGGCAGCAGCAGGGCAAACUUCCUGUGCAGAUUUUCUAAGGACUCCCUUGUCUUUGCUAUCUUCCCUGCUAGGGUGGGGAUCUGAGCGACUUAGGCAAGCCUCUUCCUAGUGUGUUAGCACAGUCCAGCAGGGACAAAAAGGAGCCUACAGGUGGGAUCCUCAUGAUAAAUGUUUCCCUGUUUUAAGAGGAGCACUAAAUAGGUGGUUGCUCCCAUCAUCUGCCCCUACAGCAGUUUUCCCUACAGAUAGUCACCUGGGGAAAUUCACGCUGGUGCAAAGGGCCAGCACAAGCCCAAUGCACCCAUGUUGAGGACUUAUUUGGUGCUGGCCUUCUGCACGGGGUUGAAUUUUACCCCUAGUGACUGGGCCAGUCACUUUCCUGAUUUAUGAUUCCCAGUAACUGAUACAUGGUCGCUCUUAGAACUUAAAGCAAUAAUUCACACUUCUAAUUUUUUUCUAAUAAACAGUAUUUCUUAAUGACCAGCUUUUUCUGGUUGUAAAUAUUGACAGUGUCCUUGGGUUGGAACAUGUAAUCAGUCCCAGCUGUGCCCUAUUUAAACAGGCAUGAUCGUCAAGCAAAUGCUAUACCUUUUGACUGAUGUGUUUUUGUGCAGGAGGGUUUGACAAUCCCAGAUGCGUCUCUGUGGCUGAGGCCAAUAUGCCUGGGGCAUAAAUAGCACUGACGGGCUGUUCGCUAAGGUCCGAGGUCUGGCCGUACUGAAACUUUUGCUGUUUGGCCAAGCAGCAAAAUAAUUCUGUUGCUAUAUUGGUGUUUCUUUUCUAUCCUCCAGAGCUAUGAUAUAACACAGUGGUUCUCACACUCUUAAUCAGGACCCCAAAGUGGGUUGUGACCCCAUUUUAAUGGAGUCGCCAGGGCCAGUAUUAGAUUCACUGGGGCCCAGGGCUGAAGCCGAAACCCAAGGGCUUCAGCCCGGGGCAGCAGGGCUCUGGUUUUGGCUCUGCUCCUCCACGCCCCCACCUGGGGUCAUUUAGUAAUUUUUAUUGUCAGAAGGGGAUUGCCGUGCGAUGAAGUUUGAGAAUCGCUGAGAACAGGAGAAAAUGGUUUCUGUACAAGGGGCUUUUUAAAGUGCGUAUUAAAGGGACAUUUAUUUGUCUUCUAAA